CCGAGGAGCCUGCGGCUGCUCCGGGCUCACAGAGCUCCGGGCGAGGAGAGCGGGCGGACGCCGAGGGCUGGGCCGGUGCGGGCGGCGAGGCCGGCGGAGGAGGCGCAGAGACAGCGGGGCGACCGGGGCGCGGCAGCCGGCGGCGUCGGGGCCGCGGCCUCUGCCUUCGGGCGCCCCUCGCGCCGGGUCCCCGCGCCCAGGGCGCACAGUAGAGAGGGACGCGGCGUGGCCGGCCGGCAGCCAUGGAACCGGCCCCCUCCGCCCGCGCCGAGCUGCAGCCCCCGCUCCUCGCCAACGCCUCGGACGCCUACCCCAGCGCCUUCCCCAGCGCGGGCGCCAAUGCGUCGGGGCCGCCGGGCGAGCGGAGCGCCUCGUCCCUCGCCCUGGCAAUCGCCAUCACCGCGCUCUACUCGGCCGUGUGCGCCGUGGGGCUGCUGGGCAACUUGCUCGUCAUGUUUGGCAUCGUCCGGUACACUAAGAUGAAGACAGCCACCAACAUCUACAUCUUCAACCUGGCCUUGGCCGAUGCACUGGCCACCAGCACGCUGCCCUUCCAGAGUGCCAAGUACCUGAUGGAGACGUGGCCCUUUGGCCAGCUGCUCUGCAAGGCUGUGCUCUCCAUUGACUACUACAAUAUGUUCACCAGCAUCUUCACACUCACCAUGAUGAGUGUCGACCGCUACAUCGCUGUCUGCCACCCUGUCAAGGCCCUGGAUUUCCGCACACCUGCCAAGGCCAAGCUCAUCAACAUCUGCAUCUGGGUCCUGGCCUCGGGUGUUGGCGUGCCCAUCAUGGUCAUGGCGGUGACGCGUCCCCGGGACGGGGCGGUAGUGUGCAUGCUCCAGUUCCCCAGCCCCAGCUGGUACUGGGACACGGUGACCAAGAUCUGCGUAUUCCUCUUCGCCUUCGUGGUGCCCAUCCUCAUCAUCACCGUGUGCUACGGCCUCAUGCUGCUGCGCCUGCGCAGCGUGCGCCUGCUGUCGGGCUCCAAGGAGAAGGACCGCAGCCUGCGGCGCAUCACGCGCAUGGUGCUGGUGGUGGUGGGCGCCUUCGUGGUGUGCUGGGCGCCCAUCCACAUCUUCGUCAUCGUCUGGACGCUGGUGGACAUCGACCGGCGCGACCCGCUGGUGGUGGCCGCGCUGCACCUGUGCAUCGCGCUGGGCUACGCCAAUAGCAGCCUCAACCCCGUGCUCUACGCCUUCCUCGACGAGAACUUCAAGCGCUGCUUCCGCCAGCUCUGCCGCAAGCCCUGCGGCCGCCGGGAGCCCAGCAGCUUCAGCCGCGCCCGCGAAGCCACGGCCCGCGAGCGGGUCACCGCCUGCACCCCGUCUGAUGGUCCCGGCGGUGGCGCCGCCGCCUGACCAGGCCCCCAGCGCGCCCCUCUCUAGUGACCUGGCGGCCACAUGAGUCCCAGUGGGAGGCGCGGGCCACGGUCUGGAAUGGGGCAGAAGGUCGGAGGCUUGGGACCGCUGGGUGGGGACCCUGCUUCGGAGACGGGGCUGGGCGGCGAGAUGGGCAUGGGGUGGGCCUCUGGCUUGGGGCGAGGCAGAGGGCAGAUCGAUGGCUCGGUGCCUCUGGACUGGGUGCCCCGUCCACGGCUCUAGGUGGGGCAGGGGAGCCAGUGACUCCAGGGGAGGAGCGGGACCUGUGGCCCUAGAACUGAGUCCCUAAGUAGGGCAUCUCCAGGAGAGCAGGGCUUCAACCUUGAGACAGCCUCGGUUUCUAACUUGGAGCCCAGCUUUUGGAGUUGGGGGUCUGGGCGCGGGACCAGGAGGGGCAGUGGUGGGGAUGGUUGCUUGAAAACUGAGCUGGAAGACUCGGCCUUUGUGUAGUAGGGAGGGGCCUCCUGUGAGGGGUGACCCAGAGACAGGACAGUUGGGCGUGGCUACAGCUCAAGAUUUGGUCACCAGACAGGUGGCUUGUGCAAAGGCCCUGUGGCCUCUACUUUGGGAUACAGUCCCAGACCCCAGUUCUAGCAAGGGGCUAGGCUCGUGGAGGUCCAGGUGCAACUUGACACCUUUGUAAAUAGAACAGAAAAGACUUGAGGA